GACAAAGAGUGGUUUAGUAAUAUUUUAGUUACUCCUGCAGAAGACCAGAAUAAAUCAGUUGAUGGUUAUGAUACUCUUUCAAAGAAACCAGAGCUUUAUAGCUAUCCACAGUUAUAUUAUUCUGAAGAAUAUAAUAUUAUUCCUAUUGGAUUUAUUAUUCAAGAAGCACAUAUU